AUGUGGAAGAGCCUCUCGACGGAACAGAAACACGAGGUGGAGGCCCUUGCAGCCGGCUGGCAAGGCUUUCAUGUGCGGCAGAUAGAGUUAGGCAUGCCGGCGAGCUCGCCGGAGUUGAGUGACUAUGACCCAACGAUGGAGGACGCCUUCGACGACAAGCUGGAGCCCCUGCCCACGCCUGUCCAUGUCGGCUUGACCGUGGAGAUGAGUAGCAUGGACGCCAAGCAACAACAAUGCACAAGCGACGAGCCAAGUAAGCUACCAUACCAAUUGAUAAAGCAGAUUACAAAUGAUUUCGAUGAAGAACGAAUACUUGGGAGUGGUGGAUUUGGAACAGUUUACAAGUUUAAUCAGGAUGACCUUGGAGAAUCCAUUCUGCGCUCCUCCAGGCCUUCUUCAGGGCACAAUGAAGCUAGCAGCUGGUCUACUCAGAGGAAGAGCUGUUUACCCAUUCCAAAGCCCAAGGCUAUGACAUUCCAGGAGAUUGACCACAUCACAGGUGGUUUCUCUGAAGAGCGACUACUUGGAGAGGGUAGGAGUGGAAAGGUUUACAAGGGAAUCUGUGAGGAUGGACAAGUUCUUGCUGUGAAGGUUCACAGUAGUAUGCCAGCACUCGAGAACGUCCUUGAUCCUUCGCCGCAAAGUGAAUAUAUGCCGCCAGAAUUUGUUGAGAAACAAAUAGCGACAAAAUGGUAUGACAUAUACAGCCUGGGUGUUGUAAUAAUAGAGAUCAUGACCGGGAAUAGGUAUAGUUUGGGAAGCCUUGAGAUGUCCUCUAAGGGGUUCAUUGAUCGGGUAUGUGUAAAUUGGAGGAAGAGGUUACAAGAAACAGUGAAGGGCACAUCAGUUGAAGGAUACUGCCAACAAGUUAAGAAAUGCCUGGAAAUUGCGUUCAAGUGCGUGGAGGCCAGUAGACACAAAAGACCCACCAUGGAGAAUAUUGUAAAUACUCUGAACAAAACAGAAACUUUGAUUCACAGUGAUUCACUGCUUGACACCGACCCACUGGAGCUCUGCUUCCUACCAUUCAUAAAGAAAAAGGCCAUGAGUUCCUGCUCGUUGAGGCUAGACAACAAGGGAAACGAUCCCGUCGCAUUCAUGCUUGUGGCCAACAGACCCAAGAUGUACUUGACAAAGAAGCCGAUCUGCGGCGUUGUGCCAUCAAGGUGUGCCUAUACCCUCACACUCACAAUAAUGCCCAAUAAGCAGCAGCAUGUACUACCGCCGUCCUUGCCUUCGGAUAGCGGUGAAUUCUUCACGUUGUAUAGCGUCGAGUUGGGUGGAUACGACCUCCUCGAUGUUGACAAAGAUCACAUCACCGUCGAGUACGAUACAUUCUUUAAGAAAGCCAAAGAGAUGCCUGGUGCCAGAGAUGAGGUAGUGCAAGGGGUGAUGUUGAAGGUUAUCUCCUGUGAUAGACCAGCUGCCGAAUCAGGGACAUCAUCUGAGGAUUAUGACGACGAAUCCCGUGGGGAGCCUUCGUAUUUGGAAUUACAGCACAAUGUUCAUGCAGCUAAAUUCGCACGAGAGAAAUGGCUCGUCGCCGGUGACAGCAAUGGGGGCAUCCACGUGUACAAUUACAACCAAAACCAACAUGUCAGGACCUUGAAUGCUCACGAUGGUUGCAUCACAACCUUGGCAGUGCAUCCAACAGAUCCGUUUGUGUUGUCAUUGUCGUCUGAUGAUGAUGAUCACCUGAUUAAGCUUUGGGACUGGAACAAGGACUGGAAAUGCACCCGGACAUUUCAGGGGCACACUGAUAAAGUGACACAAAUAACCUUUAACCCAGAGAACAAGGACAGUUUUGCUAGUACUUCAUGGGAUGGCACAAUAAAGAUCUGGAGUAUCUGUUGUGAUGAUACUAGUAGCACCAUCACAUUGAAACUGGAUGAGAAUGGGCUAUCUGUUGAUUACUUCACACGCCUUAAUCGGCAGCAUCUUAUCGUGGGCUGUAAGGAUAGGACUCCACAGAUAUGGGAAUUAGAGAUGAAAGAAUGUGUUGAUAAGCUAGAAGGGCAUGUGGACAGUAUCUGUGUCGUCCAUUUGCACCCUGAGCUUCCAAUUCUAAUUACAGGUUCACUUGACGGGACCGCUUGAGAACAUCAUCAGUUUUGGCCUCGGUGCAGUUUAUGCUUUUGGAUGUAUAAAGGGCUCAACAAGGUAAUGGACAAUGAAUCAUUCCUGUCAAUUCUCUAAUUUACGAGCUAAUUCAGAACUAAUGGCUGAUCUGGUAUGUAUUAUACAUGUUGCUAAAAAUUAUACUCCAAGUAAAAGAAAGAAAAAGGAAACUGUACGGCGUAAUAUUUUGAAGUUGAAUCUACAAUAUACUUAACAAGUAUGAGUGUGGCGGUCCUCCAAAUCAGCUAUAGCGGGCUA